CUCUUGGUUGCAUACGUAAAAUUUAUUACGAAAGUGUCACAUUUUGUGUUAAUUUUAUAAAAUUUGUUAAUUUUGUAAAUAAAACCUGUGAGAAUGUGGAUAGAGGAGGCUGAAGAAUUGUUUAAAGGAUAUUUACCGUAUUAUGUUUUGAUCGUUUUGCCUAUUUUUAUUAUAAUAUCACCAGCUAGCCCUGUCUUGGCCUCACAUGAAUUCCCAGUUUAUAGAAUGCAGCAUUUUGAUUUACACGGAAUGUCUCAUGGUUCGAGGAGUGCAGCAGUUAAUCUAGAAGCAAGGUCGUUAACAGACUGGAGUACUUCGCGGCAUUGUAUCAUAGUGAAGUUGCAAGAUUUGUCAAUAGAUCACUUUCGAAACAUCAGGCAAAAAGCUGGAGCUCUGUUGGUGGUGUUACCAAAUGAUUUGUCAAAAUUAAAUGCCGAAGAAAAGCAGCAUCUUCUUUUGCUUGAGCAUGAUAUGUUGUCACAAGAAAUUUCGGUACCUGUGUAUUUUGCCAUCUGGACAUCUCAACUUGAGACUAUACUAGAUGAAGUAUCUCAAAAUGUAGCCACUAAUGAUUUAAGUAAAUCUGCUGCUGAGGCAAUGAUUAGUUCAGUAGCAGCAAAUGGGUACCAAUUUGUCGUUUCUCCGGGUACAACUAGUGUUAAGCAAGAUGUUAAACUUGCAACUAUUCAGGGACAUCUUCCAGGAUACAAUCAGGAUGGUAAAGUGCCAACUGUUGCCAUAGUGGCUCACUAUGACAGCUUUGGUGUCGCUCCUAACUUAUCAUUUGGAGCUGAUUCCAAUGGAUCUGGUGUUGUUAUACUUUUAGAAUUAGCUAGACUUUUUUCCACUUUAUAUUCAGAUCCAAAAACAAGAGGCAAUUAUAAUUUACUGUUUCUUCUAACUGGAGGUGGAAAAAUUAAUUACCAAGGGAGUAAAAAAUGGCUUGAAGAUCAAUUAGAUGCUUUAGAUGGCUCAGUUAUUCAAGAUGCUUCCUUUGUGAUGUGUUUAGAUACAUUAUCCGCGGCAGAUUCAUUAUACAUGCACGUUUCUAAACCACCUAAAGAAGGAUCUCCUGCUUCCUUAUUCUUCAAAGAACUCAAAACGGCAGCUGAUCAAUUUUCCACAGUCACUGUUGACGGUGUCCAUAAAAAAAUUAAUUUAGCUGAUGAUAUUUUGGCUUGGGAGCAUGAAAGAUUUAGCAUUAGAAGACUACCCGCUUUUACGCUUUCUACAUUAAAGAGUCACCGAGAAAUGAGCAGAGGAACAAUUUUGGAUACCAGAAAAAAUUUGGAUGUGAAUAAACUAGUACAAAACGUAAAAGUCAUUGCUGAAGCAUUAUCAAAUUUUGUGUACAAUGUUUCUCAGGGUGAAAUCUUGGGUGGUUCUUUGGAUGUUGAUAAAAAUUAUAUUGAAGCAUGGAUGGACUAUUUAACGUCUCAGCCACGUUCUCCACAACUUUUGAGUAAUAAAGAUAAUGCUCUAGUCACAUUUUUAAAGGAUAAUUUAAACAAAUAUCUCAGAGAUGUUAAAGUGUCUUAUGCUGUUCCUGACAAGCGGGAUCCAGAUUUUCUGUUUUAUGAUGUUACCAAAGGGACUGUGAAUGUUUAUAGUGUUAAACCAGCAAUAUUCGACCUUGUGCUGACAUUUGCAAUAAUUGUGUACCUGGGUGUAGUAUAUUUGUUUGUACAAAAGUUUUCACUUCUGUAUGCUACUGCAUGUUCUUUAACUUCAAGCAAAAUUAAACAGAAUUGAAGAUUUUAGCUGCCAAAACCAAACAGUACUUCAUGAAGAAUAAUAAUAGUAUCCUUAAAUAUGGUGUAUUAUUGAACCAUUAUAUGUUAUUACAUUAUUUCUUGUUAUGUUUGCGAAUAUUUUGAAUAAAUUCAAUCAAUUUUUU